GUUUUAUAUUUUAAUCCUGUUGGCGUUUGCUCAACGCUAACUGCUAACGCUAGCUACUUCCGCUUUUCGGUUCACAAUUUCCGAGACUGCAGCAGCAACUUUUAGCUCGUAGUUAGAAGUGGGAACAUGGAAAGAAUAAAUGUUCCCCCUGCGGGUCCCUCGGACCUGCCGCUGUCCCUGCUGGAGGUGGGCUGCUCGGGCAGGUUUGAGCUCAUCACGCACCCGGUGCCGGGUCAGCCUUUACCUCCACAGAGCACGCUUCCACACGGGCUUCCCCCCACCAGCCUGAACCUGGAGACGGAGGUGGAGAAGCAGUUUUUACGGGACCCCGCCUGGCUUCCAAUACAUGACACAGACUUUGCCUUCCAGAAGUUUCCUAAGGUGAGUCACAGAGAGUGUAAUGUGGACUCCCUACUCAGCUGCACUCCGUCUCCACUUCACUCUGGUCUGUCCGUUGUCAGAGAUCCAACGUCAGGGAUGCUGCUGGACUUCACAGAGGUUUUAUUGGAGAACACCUGCCUCUCAGCGAAAAACUCGCUGUCCUUACAACGUCAACCUGGCCCCCCAUCAGAGAGCCUUCGAGGAAGUAACACUAAUUACCCCUUUCUACCAGGGGGAAUGGAGGUGCUGACACUGGAUCAAAUCAAGAAGAAAUCUGAGCUGGAGGAGGAAAUAGACUUUGAGAAAGAUUUAUUCAGACUCGCACCUGGACUUAAAUCUGGGAUGGAUUUCACUGACAAAGAAGCCAAAAUAGCGAAGCCUGAGGUCAAUCUCAUGUCCCUGUUGUCCACGUUUAAUGAUAUCACUGACCUUCAGCCUGAGACUGAGGAGAAGGACGAUGGCAGACGAAGUGAUGAAGUUCCAGUCAUGCCCAGAACAAACAGCCUUGAAGACCUGGGCAUCAAGGAAGCUGCUCCGUCCUUUAUUUCCCCGGAGAAAGUGAAAGAUGAGAAAUCAAAGACAAAAGAAAACCCAGAAGCGCAAAAGAAAUGGGCCAUCCCUGUCAACAUAUCUUCACCUUGUGAUGAUUUCUAUAAGCGCAUCCCUAACCCAGCUUUCAAGUGGCCAUUUGAGUUGGACGUCUUCCAGAAACACGCUGUGCUGAGGCUGGAAGCUCACGACUCUGUGUUUGUAGCGGCUCACACGUCAGCUGGCAAAACAGUGGUGGCGGAGUACGCCAUCGCGCUCUCGCAGAAGCACAUGACGCGGACCAUCUACACAUCUCCUAUCAAAGCUUUGUCCAAUCAGAAGUUCAGGGACUUUAAAAACACAUUCGGAGAUGUGGGACUCCUGACGGGUGAUGUGCAGAUCAGUCCUGAAUCCUCAUGUCUCAUUAUGACCACUGAGAUCCUCAGAUCCAUGCUUUACAACGGUUCAGAGGUCAUCAGAGACUUGGAGUGGGUGAUAUUUGAUGAGGUUCACUACAUCAACGAUGCUGAGAGAGGGGUUGUGUGGGAGGAGGUUCUGAUUAUGCUUCCUGAUCACGUCAGUAUCAUCCUUCUUAGUGCCACAGUACCAAACGCUAUGGAGUUCAGUGAGUGGAUCGGUCGUAUAAAGAAGAGACACAUUUAUGUGAUCAGCACAGUGAAGAGACCUGUACCUCUGGAGCAUCACCUGUACACUGGAAACAGCACCAAGACCCAGAAAGAGAUGUUCCUGCUCCUAGAUGCUGCGGGCAACUUCCUGACCAAAGGGUACUAUGCAGCUGUCGAAGCCAAGAAGGAGCGAACCAGCAAACAUGCUCAGUCAUUUGGCACGAAGAAUACCUCUCAGAACACUUCAGCCAGUCAGGACCGAUCGGUGUGGCUCACCCUCCUGCACUACUUGUCCCAGCGGCAGCAGACCCCGGUGGUUGCCUUCACGUUCUCGCGGACUCGCUGUGACGACAACGCCCGCUCGCUGGACUCCAUGGACAUGACCACCUCCAUAGAGAAAGCAGAGAUUCACUCCUUCUUCCAGAAGAGCCUGUCUCGCCUCAGAGGGGGAGACCGACAGCUGCCUCAGAUCCUGCUCAUGAGGAACCUGUUGAAGAGGGGAAUCGCUGUCCAUCAUAGCGGGAUCCUGCCAAUCCUGAAGGAGGUGAUUGAGAUGCUUUUCUCACGAGGGCUUGUCAAGGUGCUGUUUGCCACUGAGACGUUUGCAAUGGGGGUGAACAUGCCUGCCAGGACUGUGGUGUUUGACAGUAUAAGGAAGCACGAUGGGACCGGCUUCAGAAAUUUGCUGCCAGGUGAAUACAUUCAGAUGGCGGGCAGAGCGGGCAGGCGAGGGCUGGACGCCACGGGCACGGUCAUCAUCCUGUGCAAGACCGGCGUUCACGAGAUGGCCGACCUGCACGUCAUGAUGCUGGGUAAACCGACCAUCCUGCAGUCCCAAUUCAGACUGACCUACACUAUGAUCCUAAACCUGCUGAGAGUCGAAGCCCUUCAUGUGACAGAUAUGAUGAGAAGGAGCUUCUCUGAGAACCACAGAGACACUCAGGCCCAAGAGAAGAGGAUCAGCCAGCUGAAGGAAACGUUGUCGUCUCUGCCUCCUCUGGACACCGACGGCCAGCUGGGCGACCUGAUGUCCUACUACCACACGGUGACGGAGCUGCAGACCACCACCGAUGCCCUCCAGCGCGCUAUCCUAGAGUCUGUCAAUGGCCUCAAAGCGCUGUCUGUGGGCAGAGUUGUGUUGGUCAACAACAAGCAUCAUCUCAACGCACUGGGAGUCAUCCUACAGGUGUCCAACGACUCUGUGAAUCGCACCUUCACAGCUCUUAUCAUCUGUGACAAAGGCAACGAGGAGGGAGCAGGAAAAAGCCACACCGCUCUCCCUCAUCUCUACAACACGGCUCUCUUCAUACCUGAAGGUCCUUGUAGUCACACAGUGCAGAAGUUGAAGCUGCUGGACAUCUCCGCCAUCACAGUGAAAACACUCAAAGUGAUUCCCGAUAGGAUCAUCGAUAAUUACAACAAGAGGCAGCAGCCGAGAUUCAAACACGACCCUCCUGGCCAGGCCAUCUCCACGGCAACGCAGGAGCUCCUGCGAUUGGCCGAGGCCAACCCUGGCGGCAUAGCGACCCUGGACCCAGUGAAUGACCUCCAGCUGAAGAGCGUCGAUGUGGUGGAGGACUCCAUGAGGCGCCGUAUGCUGCUUGAGAGCCUCAGAGAUUUCAGAUGCAUCCAUUCGCCCACUUUUGCAGAGCAGUUUGCUCGGGUGAAGGAGAGGAUGUCCGUGCAGGAGGAGCUGGAUAGGCUGCUGUUCCUGGUGUCAGACCAGUCUCUGUCGCUGCUGCCUGAAUACCACCAGAGGAUCAAGGUCCUACAGUCGCUGCAGUACAUCGACAGCGGCGGCGCCGUGCAGCUGAAGGGACGGGUGGCGUGUCAGAUCAGCAGCCACGAGCUGCUCCUCACCGAGCUGCUGUUCGAGAACGUCCUGAGCCCGCUGGCGCCCGAGGAGAGCGCCGCCCUGCUGUCCUGUUUGGUCUUCGCGCAGAACACACAGGUGGAGCCUCACAUCACCAGCACACUGCAGGAGAGCAUUGAUAAGGUGCUGUCUGUGGCCAAGCGGAUCGGAGAGCUGCAGAGAGAUUGUGGGAUAUCGCAGACGGCUGAGGAGUUUGUUGGGCAGUUCAAGUUUGGCCUGACAGAAGUGGUGUACUGCUGGGCCAGAGGCAUGCCAUUCGCAGAAAUCGCCUUCCUCACCGACGUCCAGGAGGGCACGGUGGUCCGCUGCAUCCAGCGCCUGGACGAGGUGCUGAAGGAGGUGCGCCAGGCCGCCCGCAUCGUGGGCGACUCCGUCCUGGGCAGCAAGAUGGAGAAGGCCUCCUUGGCCAUUCGCAGGGACAUCGUCUUCACCGCCUCCCUCUACACCCACUGAGGAGAUGAAGAUGAAGGUGGGGAGGGAGGGAGGGAGGAUGAGCUCGGAUGCCAAGAAGCCUGCAGCCACGUGUUUGAUUGUGUGAACAGUGUGAGAAGGAGCUGUACGGUGGAUGCAGAGACGCGGUUGGGAACUAUAUGUGCCUAAAAACAUGCUGACGUUUACAGACAAAACUUCUGACCACAAGGAAUGAAUUGUUUUAACUAUACAGACCAAAGUAGGGAGCUGGAGUGUAAUUUAUUGUACAGUAAUAAAAUCUGUAAUAAAAAAGUUGUUCUUUA